AAAAAUAUAUGAAGUUAAGUAAUAUUCCUCAAUCAAAAUUAUCAAGAUUAGAUGAUUCAACUUCUACAGACAUUCAUAAUAUGUGUUAUAGUAGAGUUAAUAUACUUACAAAUGAAGUUGAGAAACUUACUGAUGUACUUGGUACAGCCUCACAAGAAAUGGAAGUUCUUAAAGAACAUAAUAAAGAUUUAUAGAAUUAAUUAUAAGAAAUGGAGCAAUCUAAUUAAAUCGUAAGUUUAGUAAUUAUGUUUAGUUAAAUUAAGAAUAUGAUAAUAUUUGUGAUAGAUUAAAAUAGAAAAGUAUUGAAUCUGAAGAAUAUGCAUUUUAAGUUUAGAAAUUAACCCUGUAAAAAUAAGUAUUUUUUUAAUAAAAUUGUAGGAACUCAGUCAAAAUCUCAAUAAAGUUUUAAAUGAGUUAGAGUAAACCAAUUAAAUUAUUGAAAUUAAGGACUAAGAAAUAUAAGCAGGCAAAUAGCAAUUUAUAGCAAAAACAGAGGAAUUAUAAUAAAGUUUACAAUAAAUUUAUCAUUUGGAUUAAGCUUUAAGAGUUGUUAAGGAGGAAAAAUUAAAAUAUAUUUAUGAAUAUUAGUAACUUUAGAAAGUUGUUAAUGAAUAGACAGAUUAAAUAAAUGAAUUAUUAGAAAUUAAGAAUGCUUAUGAAUUAUUGAAAAUAGAUUUGGAUGUUCUUAGAGUCAACUAUACUAAUUUAUUGAAUUAAAAACUUCAAGAAAAAAAGGAACUUGAAGCAUAAAUUGAUGUAUUACGUGAUAUGCAUGGUUAUACAAUUGAAGAUGCUGAGAUGAAAUUUGCUGUAAAUUAUUAAAAUAAUAAUUUAGAAUUAAAUAAAAUAAGAGAUUGAUAAUUACAAAUAACUAUAUGAUGAAUAAUAUAAAGCUGAAAGAAUGAAUUAUGAAUCAAUAAUAGAUUAAUUAAAAAAUUAAGUGAAUACUUUAUAAUUAUAAUUACAAAAUGCAGAAUUGUUGAUAGCAACUCAUAAGUAAAAUCUAAUGAAUUAAACUUAAUUGACAAUGUUUGAGAAAAAUAAUCAAGUCAGUGAAUUGAGAGCAUAGAAUUUUGUUUUAUAAGAAUCAUUAAAAACAAUGAGUAGAGAAUUAAAUGAAUUGAAAUAAUAAAUGGAGAAUGGAAAUAUUAUAAGAUUUGAUGACGAUAUUAGAAAAUAAAUUGAAUAUAAAUUAGAUUUAUGUUAAUAAAUGUAAAAAGAGAGAGAUGAAAUAAAAAAGGAAAAUGAAUAAUUAAGAAGAGAGAAUCGUUUGUUAAAAGAGAAUAAUGAAUUAAUGUCUUAAUAAUUGCAAUAAUAAUCAAAUGUUAGUUAAUUGCCUUAAUCAUUAUUGAUAAGUUAAGUUCAACCUUAAGGUAGAUAAUAUAAUAAUAUUAAAAGUAAAUAAUCCUGGUUAAAAGAUUAGUGAUAGUGAUAAAAUCAAAUAUCUACUAAAGGCAGUUGAUCAAUUAUAAAAUGCUAUAAAAGAUAGAGACUUAGAAAUAAAUAAAUUAUCUUAACUUGCUAGUACUAAUGCAGGUUUAUCUUAAUUAAUGAUUAAACCAAAGUCACAAAUAAAAUUUUAUCAUCUAAACUCAGAGGAUAUUAGUCCAUUUAAUAAAUAAUAAUGA